AUGUUCGCGGCAGUGGCUGCGGCUGCAGCGGCGGUCAACGAUACGACUGAGACGGCGACAACCACGGCGACCGUCACAGCGACCUCGGCGACCGCGACCACGGUGGCCGCGACGACGGCGUCCGACGCUCUGGCCACGGUGGCCGCGAUUGGAGCGACAGCGAUUUCCGGCGGCGCCGUGGACGGACUUCUAGACAACCUGGCCGACCAGGCGUGGUUCUGCGCGUACGUGGCCAAGUGCGCGGCCAUGUGCUUCAUAGUGGUGGCCGCUCUGUUCGGCAACCUGCUGGUUAUGGUGAGUGUGAUGCGUCACCGCAAGCUGCGCGUCAUCACCAACUACUUCGUCGUGUCGCUGGCCCUGGCCGACAUGCUGGUGGCCAUAUUCGCCAUGUGCUUCAACGCCAGUUUCGAGAUGACCGGCCGCUGGAUGUUCGGCCGGUUCAUGUGCGACGUCUGGAACUCGAUGGACGUGUACUUCUCCACCGUGUCCAUACUACACCUGUGCUGCAUCAGCGUAGACAGGUACUACGCCAUCGUUCAGCCCCUCGACUACCCGCUGAUCAUGACCAAGUCCCGUACCGUGGUCAUGCUGGCGUCCGUGUGGGUGUCGCCCGUGCUCAUAUCGUUCGCGCCUAUAUUCGCCGGCUGGUACACGACCGCCGCUCACGAUCGAGACAGGGUCCGUCACCCGGACGUGUGCGCGUUCGUCGUCAACAAGCAGUACGCUGUCGUGUCUUCCGGCGUGUCGUUCUGGGUGCCCGGCGUCAUCAUGCUGUUCACUUACUACCGCAUCUACCAGGAGGCCGACCGACAGGAGCGAAUGCUCUACAGGUGCGUACCACUCGCUUACACCACACCCUAG